AUGCUAACCCGACAGCUCUUGCGGAGCGCCUGUUCUGCCCCGCGCUGCCGUUCCUUUCACGCGUCGCACACGAGCACCCCGCAGCGCUGUCCCCCGACACUUCGCCUUCGCUCCAUCUCCCCCGUCUCGCCGUUCGUGCGCGUCUUCGCAACUGCUCCGCGCCACCGCAAAGAUGACCCCAGGAUAAACACGCCUGAAGCCAAUGGCGCGAACAAAGUUGAAGGCGCGCAGACGGUCCUGAAGCCCGAGGGGACGCAGAAGGCGGCGGGGUCCAGUGUCAAGAACGACGCGCUGCUGGCAGAAAAGACGGUGUCGAACAAAGAGCAGCGCAAGGCGGACUGGGCCAUCAUGAAGGAGAUGUCGCGCUACUUGUGGCCGAAGGACAAUCUCGGAACAAGGCUGCGGGUCGGCCUCUCGGUGGCUCUGCUCGUCGGUGCAAAGGUGUUGAACGUGCAAGUGCCUUUCUACUUCAAGAGCAUUGUAGAUGCCAUGAACAUUGAUUUUGCUGCCCUUGGAGGCACGGCUACCACAGUUGCCGGGUCCAUGAUCAUUGCGUACGGCGUCACCCGCAUGGGUGCCACUCUUUCCCAGGAACUUCGUAACGCCGUCUUCGCCAGUGUUGCCCAGAAGGCCAUCCGUCGAGUGGCUUGCAGCGUCUACGAGCACCUUUUGAAGCUCGACCUGAACUUCCACCUUUCUAGACAAACCGGAGGCUUGACCAGAGCAAUCGAUCGCGGUACCAAGGGCAUCAGCUUCCUGCUUACCUCCAUGGUCUUUCACAUCCUCCCCACGGCCCUCGAAAUCUCCAUGGUUUGCGGUAUCCUCACCUAUCAGUACGGUGCCAAGUUUGCUGCCAUUACCGCCGGCACCAUGGUUGCCUAUUCCGCAUUCACCAUUGCCACCACCUCCUGGAGAACGAAGUUCCGGAAGCAGGCCAAUGCUGCCGAUAACAGGGCGGCUACUGUUGCAGUCGACUCCCUGAUCAACUACGAGGCCGUGAAGUACUUCAACAAUGAGAAAUUCGAGGUCGACCGCUACGACAAGGCCCUCCAAUCCUACGAAAAGGCCUCCAUCAAAGUCGCCACCUCACUCGCCUUUCUCAACUCGGGCCAGAACAUAAUCUUCUCCUCGGCCCUCACCGCCAUGAUGUACCUAGCCGCCGACGGCGUCGCGACGGGCCAUCUCACCGUCGGCGACCUGGUCAUGGUCAACCAACUCGUCUUCCAACUGUCGGUCCCCCUCAACUUCCUCGGCUCCGUCUACCGCGAGCUGCGCCAGUCGCUGCUCGACAUGGAAACCCUCUUCAACCUGCAAAAAGUCAACGUCGCCGUCAAAGACGCGCCCGACGCCAAACCCCUCGCCCUCGCCAGCCCCGGCGGCGGUACCAUCCGCUUCGAAAAUGUCACCUUCGGCUACCGCCCCGACCGCCCCAUCCUCAAGGACCUCAACCUCACCAUCCCCGCCGGCAAGAAGGUCUCGAUCGUCGGCCCCUCGGGCUGCGGCAAGUCGACCAUCCUGCGCCUCCUCUUCCGCUCCUACGACGUGCAAGCCGGCGCCAUCACCAUCGACGGCCAGGACGUGCGCGCCGUCCAGCUCGACUCGCUGCGCCGCGCCAUCGGCGUCGUCCCGCAGGACACGCCCCUCUUCAACGCCUCCAUCAUGCACAACAUCCGCUACGGCGACGUCGGCGCCACCGACGACGCCGUCCGCGCCGCCGCCCGCCGCGCCCGCCUCGACCACGUCGUCGCCGCCUUCCCCGACGGCUACGACACCACCGUCGGCGAGCGCGGCUUGAUGAUCUCCGGCGGCGAGAAGCAGCGCCUCGCCGUCAGCAGGCUCAUCUUGAAGGACCCCCCGCUGCUGUUCUUCGACGAGGCCACCAGCGCGUUGGACACGCAUACCGAGCAGGCGCUGCUGCAGAAUAUCAAUAGCGUCAUUAGGGAGAAGAAGCGGACGAGCGUGUUCGUUGCGCAUCGCCUGAGGACGAUUUAUGAUAGCGAUUUGAUCAUCGUGUUGAAGGAUGGGAAGGUCGUCGAGCAGGGCACGCAUGAGAAGUUGGUGGAUACGGGCGGUUUGUAUAGCGAGUUGUGGAGUGCGCAGGAGACGUUGUUUGUGGAUGGUGCCGAGGAGAAGCAGAAGGAGGGAGAGGGGAAGAAGGAGAGGGUGUGA